CGUAUUCCCAUCUCUUUUUUCCAUCUAUUCCAUCCUCAUCAAACUACUUGUCUUUGCUUCUUUACUUUGAUACCCCCAAGAUACCCCCACAAAUCAUUCACAAUGGCUCCCAAGAUCGCUAUCGUCUACUACUCCAUGUACGGCCACAUCAAGCAGCUGGCCGAGGCUGAGAAGGCCGGCAUUGAAAAGGCUGGCGGUACCGCCGACCUCUUCCAGGUCCCCGAGACCCUCCCCGAGGAGGUUCUCGCCAAGAUGCACGCUCCUCCCAAGGCCACCGACGUCCCUACUCUCAACGACCCCUCCAUCCUUGAGAGCUACGAUGCCUUCCUCCUUGGUAUCCCCACCCGUUACGGAAACUUCCCCGCCCAGUGGAAGGCUUUCUGGGACCAGACCGGCAAGCAGUGGGCUUCCGGUGGUUUCUGGGGCAAGAUGGCCGGUAUCUUCGUCUCUACCGCUUCCCAGGGUGGUGGUCAGGAGACCACUGCUCAGAACGCCAUCUCUACCCUCACCCACCACGGCAUCAUCUACGUUCCCUUCGGUUACGCCAAGGCUUUCGGCACCCUGACUGAUCUCUCCGAGGUCCGCGGUGGCAGCGCCUGGGGUGCCGGCACCUUCGCUGGUGCUGACGGUUCCCGUCAACCCUCGGCCAAGGAGCUUGAGCUCGCUCAGGUCCAGGGAGAGCACUUCUACCAGACCGUCGCCAAGUUCACUGGUUGACUGCAUGGCAGCAGCCAAGCCAAGGUUGCACCACCGGUGUCCGAGAACACCAAGCCUACCGAGGCUGAGAAAGAUGUUGCACCAAAGACGGACAACAAGGGACCACAAGAACUCAAGGAGGUCAAGGAGGGCCCCUGUGGCCUGCCCGCCAAGUGUGUUGUCCAAUAAAUGAAUUCAACGAUAAUGCAAUGCGAUACUUAGAAACAAUACAAAACAUGUUAAUCAUUUGUAUAAAACGCUGUGAUUCGCUGUUGUGUGCUAAAGUGUAUGUGACUGGAACCUGGGAGCUGAAAAGAUCAUUCCCAACCCAACCCCAAAUAACUAAACUCGUCCUCUGAUAAAUCCUUCAUCAGGACACAGACUCUUUCUCCACAAUGGAUACUUUUCAAUUCAGAACUGAUACUUUCCUUUGGUGGAGUCGAAGCCACAUUGGUGAGAAGAGUAUGCAAAUCCUUCGAAGUUGGUGGUGUCGUUGACAUUAACACGUAAACACCACCUGGCGAAACAUGUUUCCAAAAAGCUUUGAGGGCCUGGAUCUGAUACUCCAAUGUGUGGAAGCCACUGUCGAUUAUGAUGUCGAAUUUCCCCUCCAAUUGCGCUGCCCCUAAGUCUGUGCAAGCCGAGUUGCUCUCGAUCGAAAACAGUUCACAAGACGUGGGCAAAUAUUCUUGCCAUGUUCUGUACAAAUUUUUGAUUGCGGGGGUCUAUCAUAACAUGUUAGCCAACAGCCAACAACAUGCACAGCGAAG